UUUUGUAACCCCCUAUAUGUGCAUUUCCGGUUUGCGUCGCGUAGCUCGCAUGGACGCAGAAAUAAGAUAAACAACCUUUUGAAAUGCUGCCCUUUUGCACAUCCAAGACUUCAAGAAACUUACAAAAGACACAAUGCGAUCAUACAGCCAGGAUUUAAGUAAAGGACUCGAAAAUGUUCCGGUUUUGAUUGAGAACAGUGUUCCGCAGGAAGCUUUUGCUAACUUCCAGUAUGUACCAGAGAAUGUACAAGGACCAGGCUGCGACCUUGACCCGAGUGCGAUCACGCUUCCAGGCUGCUCUUGUCGUGCCCAGUCAUGCCUGCCCGACUCCUGUUCCUGUUUGAGGUUUGGCCAGACGUACGAUAGAGCAGGACUUUUAAAUCGACUUCGAGAAGAGGACGGCUACAGCAGACCUGUAUUCGAGUGCAACGUCCUGUGUGCCUGCGGCGAUUCAUGUCAGAACCGUGUUGUUCAAAAGGGCAUCGAAGUUCACCUGGGUGUCUUCAGCACCAAAGACAGGGGCUUGGGUGUGGAAACUCUAGAGCGCCUCCCGCGUGGCCAUUUCGUAUGCGAGUACGCAGGGGAAAUAAUCGGCCCCCACGAGGCACGUCGCAGGCAGCUCUCACAGACUCCCAAACAUAUGAACUACAUUAUAGCUGUUCAGGAGCACAGCGGUGGAGACAGGGUCACCCAGACGUUUGUAGACCCAGUGACUGUUGGGAAUGUAGGCAGGUUCAUCAACCACUCCUGCCAGCCCAAUCUGGUCAUGGUGCCUGUACGUGUGCACUCAAUGUUACCCAGACUCGCUUUAUUUACGAACCGAGAGAUAGAGCAAUACGAAGAACUGACCUUUGACUAUUCAGGAGGGCUAAAUGGCAACACAAAAAUGUCCAAUGAGACUCAAAGUGAUGUCAAAGUGCUACAGAGAAAAGCAUGUCAUUGUAAAGCACCCAAUUGUUCAGGCUUUUUACCAUUAGAUAUUUCAGUUAUUCAUUAAAAGAAUCUUUAAACUG